AUGCUCGGCUGGAAGGUUGGGGGUAAUGGUGCUGAUUUUGCUGUUGCCGCAAAAUAUUGUCCUACAAGAGAUCUGGUGCUUCGUGGAAAAGUGAACAACAGCAGCCAGGUGGCAUUGGCUAUCACACAUUCGCUCUCGCCUGACCUUAAAAUGACACUUUCGAGUCAAUUCAACCUCUCCUCGAAUGAUGCUCAUAAGUUCGGCAUGGGUCUUGAAUACGAGCCACUGUAA